CGAUAUAAGGUACAAUACCCACUUGUGUCGUGUAUACAGUAUACUUAGUAAACCCUAACCUUACUCUGGUAUAUGCUUCUUCUUCUGCUGGUGGCGGCUGGUUCGUUGGUCGUCUGUUUGCUUAUCAGAUAACUUAAGCCAUAUCAGUCACUUGUACAACGGGUAUUUUCUUUUCAUAUUCGAUUACUUCUCAUAGUUUAAUCCGGUAGUCAACCUUCAGUAGCGUAGCUUGUUAAAUCGAUAUAAGGUACAAGAACCACUUGUGUCGUGUAUACAGUAUACUUAGUAAACCCUAACCUUACUCUGGUAUAUGCUUCUUCUGCUGGUGGCGGCUGGUUCGUUGGUCGCCUGUUUGCUUGCUUAUCAGAUAACUUAAGCCAUACAACGGGUAUUUUCUUUUCAUAUCGAUUACUUCUCAUAAACUUACUUCAUAAGCAAGCCGUUGUUCAUUACUGGAUUUGGCGUCAAUACUUCAAACAAUUUGGUGCAAUGAUUUUUCGCUGUUAAAGUCACUAACCUAAUUGGUUCUGUUCCAACCCUAAUUGGGUCAAUCCCUUUCAUUUUCAUCGGUUUUUUUGUUUAUGUUACUCGGUUUUGUUGUUGUUGUUGUUGUUUUAUGUGUAGACUAAACAUAUUCCCAUAGUAGCUAGCUUAUUUUGCAGCUAACAAGGGUAUCCUAAGAUGGAUAGAAUCAGCAAGCUUCCUUUAGGCAUAAUAGAAACCAUAUUAUGUCUACUACCGAUUCAAGAGGCAGCAAGGACAAGCAUCCUCUCUAGGGAAUGGAGGUACCAUUGGACCAAAAUCCCUAAACUUGUUUUUAACGAGUAUACGUUUGAAGUGUCGACCGAUAGGGCCGAGCCGUCUGUUUUGGAACAAACGUUUGACAAACCAAGUAAAAGGAGAGAAAUGCACAAGAGGUGUAAGUUUUUCUACGCGAUAUACCAAGUUCUGCUUAUGCACGAGGGUCCAAUACACGAGUUCACUCUUUCUAUGGGGGUAGAUACCUCGUGUGUUGAGAUUGACCAAAUACUACGUCAUUUAUCGAAGAAAAACUCUCUCAAGAUGUUAAAACUUUCUUUUUGUGCGGGAGGUGAUGUGGGGUAUAAGUUACCCAUUUCUCUCUUCUCUUUACACCAAUUAACAAGUUUGUAUCUGAGUGGUUGUGCUCUUUACCAACAACGUUCAUUCAAUGAAUUUGGUUAUCUUACAACCUUACAUUUGGAAGGUGUAUGGAUGUAUGAGAAAAUGCUUCUGCGUCUUUUAUCCAGCUGCCCAUUUCUUAAGAGUUUGACUCUCGAUAAUGCGAGUACAUUUAUCUGUGAUGAUGAAGUUACUACCAUUGUUGAUCUAUUAGAGUGUUUACCGGUGAUUGAAUAUCUUUAUGUUGUGUUUUCCUUCGUUGAGGAUUUUCUUCGAUGGAGACAUCCGAAAGAGCUCCCAACAGCAUUAGUCCACCUGAAAUACUUGUGUAUACAUGAUUUGAGCUUUAGUCACAUAUAUGGGUUACCUUUUCUUGCUCUUCUGAUUAGAAGCUCCCCAAACCUUGAGAAACUUAAGCUAGUGAUGUAUGACGAAGAUCUUGAAGAAUAUGAGAUGGGCUCUUUUACACUCGAAGAUUAUUCAGAUAUUACGCUGGAGCAUCUGAACGAAUUAGAGAUUAUACGUUUUAGCGACGCAGAGAAUGAGUUGGAUUUUGUGAAGCUUAUAAUGGCCAAGUCACCUGUACUAAAGGAGGUAUGGAUAUCCCCAUGUUAUGAUUUUGAUAAAGAUAAAGAAUCAGAGAUUGUAAAAAUCCUUUGCUUUACUCCAUGCGCGGCCCCUCUGGUAAACAUCAUGUGGUAGAAAUCAUGGUUAGAUAAUUGAAAUCCAAUUAGUCAUGCAUUUGAUGGUUAUGUUUUUUUUGUUGACGUUAUUGAAAUGAACAAAUUUGUUUCGUUCUGAUACGAGGUUUUGAGACGGAUGAUCUUAUGCAUCUUGAAUUUGUUAAAA